AUGGAUGACAUUAAAAAACACGACUUAACGUCGUCCAAAGAUGACAAAAGUAGUGAUCAAGAAAAGCCAGUGUCUUACAUUAAGGAAAGAGUUGUAACCACCAUCGUUCUGAUGCUGUACAUGAGUGCCAGUAUGCCUUCCGUCGCUUUGUUCACCCAAUACAUCCAUUCUCGCUAUGAGGACUUCUACAGGAACAGCACAAACUCCUCGUCAACAUCGCCUGGUACACAUUCACCAUGUCUUCGCAACACAAGCGAAGAAGCUGAUGAGUUGCAAGUGCACAUUCAACAGUCCACGUCGUAUGAGGUACUGAAGUUAAGCUUGUCUGUUCAGGUCCCUGCUAUCAUCGUCAACAUAGUCGUAGGGUCCUACUCAGACCACAUCGGAAGGAAGAUGCUGUUUAUAUUGCCGCUGCUAGGAUGUAUUUGUAAAUAUGUAGGUUUCAUGCUGGUUGUCAAGUUCCAUCUUCAUCUCAACUUCAUAAUCCUCGGGACCCUCCUGGACGGUUUUUCCGGUUCAGCAAGCACCUUCCUUCUUGCCAACAUGGCCUAUGCAGCCGACGUAACGAAGACUCACGCGACCAGAACAUUCGCUAUAGUAAUUGCCGAUAGCUCGGUGGCCAUCGCCAUAGCACUAGGACAGCUUAUGACAGGAUUCCUUAUUGAGAAGCUUGGCUACUUCUGCCCAUCAGUCAUUAAUACAUCUUUAAUCCUGCUUGCCACAACCAUCGUCAUAUUUGGCCUUACGGAAACAGUAAAGAAAACGGAGGUUAAGGAACUUUCGCCUGUUGUUCAUUUAAAGAAAGUGUUCGGAUUUUACGUCAGCAAAAGGCGAGACAAUAAACGUUCCAUAUUUAUUUCCUGUGUGAUUGUCUUUGCCCUACUAAGCAUUGUGAAUAUUGGUAUAAAAUUAGUUGAGACAUUGUACCAGCUUGGUCGACCCUUCUGCUGGGACCCCGAAGAGAUAGGUUACUACGGUGCCUAUUCCACAGUAUUCAUGACCAUUUGCAGUCUCGUUGCCAUCAAGCUUGGGUCAUCGUGCGUGAGGGUGGAGAUUCUUGCUGUGACAGGGAUGUUCUUACAGAUGGGGUCUCUCAUUCUGGAAGGCCUGGCCAGUACAGACGCCAUGAUGUAUGCGGUGCCCGUUGUUGGGUCAAUCAGUGGUGUGUCGGUGCCUGUGGUUCGGUCGGUGAUGUCGCACAUGGUGGAUCCUCAGGAACAAGGUGCAAUCUUCUCCAGCAUGGCUACCGUCGAAACCCUGAGUGGAGCUAUUGGGAGUGCGACCUUCACCUUCCUGUACAGCGCAACGGUCGAUACAAUAAGAGGGAUGGCGUUCUUAGUAAUGGCGGCCGUCAUGUUUAUGGCCGCUGUGAUUAAGAUGUAG